GCACAACAGCAACAGGUGGCAAAUUUCUUGUCCAAACCUAAGCGUGUCACGUGAUACUGUUGAACACAUUCGUCUUCUUUUGGAGAUAUGCACUGGUCGUUAUGAGGUCUCUUGCGGCGGGUCUCAGCCUGUGGGCGGUGCUAGCCUUUUGUGUAGCAGAGAGUUGCGCUGACGCAGCAUCUAACCCGCAAAACCCAUCUCAUCCCAACUCGUCACAUGCUGCAGCAUCAACCAACAAUCAAGCUUCAACAUCGCCACCAAAGACCACACAGGAUCCACGUACUAACCAAACUGUCUGUUAUCCGGUUGUCGGAUGUUUCAGCAACAGCCCGCCAUUUAACAACACAGUAUUUGUACUUCCGGUAACACCGGAAGCACUAGGAUCAGGGUUCUGGCUAUACACACGUGAAAGUAUUGGCAACGACGACUAUGACGAGCUCAACUACACCGAUUUGUCUAGUGUUACUGCGUCCAAGUUUGAGCCUAAGAAACCGACUAAAAUAAUUGUACAUGGCUUCAAUAACAAUGGCAAUACAUCUUGGGUGCAGGUGAUGAAGGAUACAUUUCUGAAACUGGGAGACUUCAACGUUAUUGUAGUCGACUGGGGAGUGGGGGCAGUAUUUCCGGACUACGCCCAGGCCGUUGCCAACACUCGAUUGGUUGGCGCACAACUGAAGGCUCUCAUUGAUCUUCUGAUUGGGGCGGGGCUUAGUCUUGAAGAUCUUCACUUGAUUGGUCACAGUUUGGGAGCCCAUACUUCCGGCUACGCAGGAAGUCAGUUUGGAGGGAAAGUCGGCAGAAUUAGCGGAAUGGAUCCGGCUGGGCCCAAUUUUAAAGAUACUUCAUCAGUGGUUAGACUCGACAAAUCUGACGCUGUGUUUGUUGACGUGACGCAUACAAAUGCCGAUACCUUAGGCAUCGUCACACCCAGUGGAGACGUCGAUUUCUACGUGAACGGUGGAGAGACCCAAGCCGGGUGUCCUUCAGGCCUGUUGUCAGGGACUAUCACGACGCUCUUCGGAGGCGGAGAUGUAGCCAAAGCUGUGAGCUGCAGCCAUGCUCGGUCUAUCUUUUUAUACACAGAAUCUAUAUCCACCUCCUGCCCCUUCACAGCCUACCCCUGUUCGGAUUAUAAUGCUUUUGACAGUGGUCGUUGCUUGACUUGCGGGAAGCAGGGAUGUACACAAUACGGGUAUCACGCCAACGAGUACAAGACCCGCGGCACAUUGUACCUCAAGACACGAGGAAAGACGCCAUUUUGCGGGUAUCAAUACGGCGUGCAGCUGACGUCUCCCGAUGGUGUCAAGGAGACGAAGGGGAAGCUGGCUAUCAGGCUGAUGGGGAAGUGGGGAGACAGCGGCUUCUUAACAGUCACAGAGGACGUAACUCUGAAACCCAAAAGUACGUUAUCCCACGUGGUUGUCUCCCCUGUCGAGGUAGGGGACAUAACUGCCAUAGAAGUUAAGUACAUCAAGUACACCGGGUUCUGGUUUGGUGGUGGAGAAGAUGCCUUUGCUUUGAGUGAAAUCAAGGUCUUGUCAGGAGAAAAUGGCUCAAGCUACCUGUCCUGCCUAGGGGGGCGUCUGUUGAAUCACAACACACCUGUCAGAACUGCUGUGUCAAGGUCGUCCUCCUGUUCUUGAACAUUCUGCUCGUGUGCACCUUUACCUCAAUAGAUAACGUAAAUGAGGUUGUAAAUGCCUUCCGAAAUGAAUGCGUGUAUUUUGUUUUAUAAUACAUUUUUGGGUAAGUCUCUUUUCA